GGGAAAGAAAACAGCGUGGGGCGGAUGUGGGCGUGGUGGACGCUUCCUGUUUUGAAGGCGUCUGACUGUUGUUUUGCAGAUCUUGGAUGAACUGAGCCAUGCCUUUCCUCCACGGCUUCAGAAGGAUCAUUUAUGAGUAUCAGCCGCUGGUAGAUGCUGUCAUGUGUGUUGUUGGACUGGAGGAGAGAGAUGGUGGUGAAGAGGACAGAGUCCGAAGCCCUGAGGAUAAGUCUGGUCUUUGUAGCUCUCUGGUGCAGCUUCUGGAGCGGGAGUCCCAGUCAGAAGUGUUUGUGGAGGGCAUCAGCUAUGCUCUGUUUAGGGUGGCAGAGCGGGGACUCGUGUACGCAGCUGAAAUCCUUCUACGCUACGGAGCUGAUCUCAACUUUGAAGACCCGGUGUCUUACUACAAUCCUCUGCAUAUAGCAGUUUUGAGGAACAGGCCAGACAUGGUGAGGCUGCUGGUCGGGCACGGAGCAGACAUUGAAAAGAGAGACAGGAUCCAUGAGAGCAGUCCUUUGGAUCUGGCCAGCGAGGAGUCAGAGAGGCUCCCCUGCCUGCUGACCCUGCUGGAUAUGGGUGCCGAUGUGAACGCAAGGGAUAAACACGGAAAAACGCCUUUGCUCCAUGCCUUGGCAAGCAGCGACGGACUCACCGUGCACAACACAGAGAACAUCCGGCUUCUGCUGCAGAGAGGUGCUGACGUUAAUGCUGCUACUGUAGACGGCGAAACGGUUGAGUCCUCGUUGGUGUUUCUGGUUAAGGAGGCCCUGGAGGCCAGCGCGGAGGACGCCGCUGAGAUCGGUAACUUCUGCCUGAAAACCACACGGCUGCUGCUGGCUCACGGUGUGGACCCCAGCUGCUGUCUGAACGAGGAUGGCGAGCCGUCCCUCACACAGACCAGCCUGGAGCACUUUGACCUGCUCUUCCCUCUGGCGGUGCUCUUAAUCCAGAGCAGAGCCUCUUUGGUUUGCUCCUACCACGGCGGCUCCUGUUGGUCAGGUUACAGCCUCCUCUUCCAGCGGCUGCAGGCGGCCCUGCGGCAGUGCUCCGAUCAAAGUCACGCCUCCGAGCUGCUGGAGCAGGCCGAGGUGCUUCUCGACUUAGCGAGAGUAGACAGCCCCACACUGCAUCUGCUUCCCACGCUGGAGCUCCCUGUGCCCAGUCAGGAACCUCACCCCUAUGCCCAGGCUCUGCUAGACCUGCACAACCACGUAGUAGAGCACGAAGCAAGCCCCCCUGCUCUGCGAUUCCUUUGUAGGGCAUUCAUAAGGAGCCACCUACAGCCUUUGCCCCUGGAAGACAGAGUCAGAGCCUUACCAUUACCAGACAGACUGAAAGACUUUCUUCUUCCUGAGCAAACAUAUACCCCGAAGCCUGGUUGGGACUGCUUCAAGCCCCAACAUAGCCAGCACUGAUGAUAUAAGCUACUUGCCUAUAUGAAAAGCCCAUAAAUGAACAUGAACCUAACAAACCACUGAGGUCUUUGUUGAAUUCUUAUUUUGUGACGUCUGUGCCAAAUUUACAGACUAAUGUGUGUAUGUUUACUUUAAGGUGAUGUCUGUACAAAUUAGCCUUUGAGUUAUAACUAAGGUUUCACUGUUAUGGUUACGGCUGCUGUAGGAAGUUGCAAUACAAAUUAAAAGCCACCAGAUGGCAGUGUUGCUCCUGUAUAUCAAAUGCAGCUCAGAUGUCAGGGUCAAUGAUUUAGUUAUUCACAGUGCAGCCUAUUACAGCUGUUCCAGCGCAGUAGGCUCCAUCUAUAUUUUAUCUCCUCAACGUGAUGAUGGUGUAUUGUGGAAGUUGUGUAUCUUCUUGCUUAACAUGAAGGUGGACCAAUAAAACAGAUGUGUACCUCAU